AUGAAGAGCAUACCAUUGGCAUUCACAGCAUGUCUUUUCAGCCUGGUACUAGCCGAGGAGGAACUAUUAUUGAGACUGGCGAAGAAGGGAGGCGAUUCCAAUGCUCCACCGCCGCCUGGCCCCCGUCUUCCAGAGGAAAGUCCAUCACAAACUUCAAUACUACUACCAAGAACCUCCGUGGCCUCCUCACUUGAGCCCUCAUCGACAUCCUCGAUACCAAUCACAGAGACCACUACUCUAUCUGUGAUUCCAACACCACCUACAACCUCCAACUCUCCCGAGCCAAUAUCUUCUGGCUCACCUGAUUCAACAACAACAACAGUAGUCUCUACUGGUCUCCCUCCAACCCCUCCAUUCGCCACUUCUACUCGAACUCACUCCAAUCCAAUGGCCUCUGGCACUCCCGGACCUGAGUCAAAUAGGGACGAUGGUCGCCGAAACCUGAUCAUUGUGCUCUCUGCAAUCUUGGGUGUACUUGGCUUGAUAUUCCUCGCUGUUGCAUUUUGUCUUGUGCGGCGCUAUCAGAAAGGACAACGGCCAUUUUCUCACAGAGGUGCCACUCCCAUUGACGACGAAGAGAUAGCAUCAUGGCGUGCCCCAAGCUCUGAGCAAAAAGCACCAAUGCUGCCAGAACUCCCAGAAUUACCAGCACCAGUUGUGGAUGCAAAUACCAUUGGAUUGUCACAUUUCCCAGGUCGGAUGUGGAAUGCACAACUACCACAGACAACCCCAACACAUUCCCGACGACCUUCGGCAAUAAUACCCGAAAGUCCUUCCUCUAUGGCAAGAUCCCCAAACUCCAGAGCAGGACUUACAGAUCAGUCUGUUCCUGGGGAUGAAGCCUAUAUUCCGUCCAUAAAACGACAAAGUUCCCGUCUCACGAAAGCACCACCUGGACACACGCGAACGAAAAGUCGAACGAGCUCUGUCAGCAACAGAAGCAUAUGGAGUUACAAUGGACCAAGGACUUCGACCACCAAUGAUGGGAAGCCCAAGGAACGACUUGCACUUACCACAACAUGGUAUGACCCUGAGAGCGACAGCAUCGGCCGAGAAUAUCGGGAAUACGAUCAAAGCACCAGCUCGCCAGGAACAUCAACGUUUGACGGAUUUGCAGCAGGAGGGUUGAGUCCUCGACCUUCUAGUCGACCUAGACUUUGGGCAAAUACCUCUACAGAGAAGGAGAUCGGAAGAGCUAUUGCAUAG